GCUGCAGGAGAACUAUCAUUCUCAUGCAUUCAUUGAGAGGAGCUGUGGGUCCGCAGAGACCCAUUUUUGUUAGUGCUUUUUUUUCCCCUUCUUCUGCCGUCUUGCUUUGCACCGAGUCAGACUUUGUUCAGCACAAUAAAAGCAGUGAGUCGCCCGACCAUUCUCAGCCACCCCUUCUGGUGUGUUGGGGGAUUUCUCUUUAUGAGGGCAUUCCAUCGAAAGUGGGCAAGUCUUCCUGAUCUGUGACAUAUCGUCGAGCGAUGAUAUGAUGACGUGAAUGCCCGCACCAUUUCCCAAAAAUACAGUCCAUAAGGAAUGAAGUUAAAAUGAUCGCGG